AUGCGUUGCGCUUCCUCUCCCGCUCCUGUCUCGGUUUCGGCGGCAAAAGCAGCCUCCUCCUCUUCCUCCUCCUCUCGAUGUUGUUUUCGCCGCUCUUGUUCUCCUUCAACUUCUUCCUCUUCUUCUUCCCAAAGACGACGACUGUUUCUUUCAAACCCGGGGGGAUUUUCCGUCAGAGCGGCGGCUUUGUCGUCUGAUGAUGACACCAACAAUUCUGCCGCUGCCGCUGCCGCUGCCGCGACGACGACGACGACGACUUCAGGAGGUGGUGGAGGAAAAGGAGGGAGUGAGGAGCCGAAGAAAGGCACCGCAAAAAUCCAACGCAUCAGUGCGGAAAACAGCAAUCGCGUGAACAUUUUGAGCGAAGCCCUGCCGUAUUUGCAACGUUUUCAAGGGCAAACGGUGGUGGUGAAAUACGGCGGCGCGGCGAUGCAAUCGAAAGAACUGAAAGCGGCGGUGAUUCGAGAUAUAUGCUUACUCGCUACGGUCGGGAUUAACAUGGUCUUAGUGCACGGAGGAGGACCGGAGAUUAACAAGAUGUUAGAGGUGGUUGGGAUCGAGCCGAACUUUAAGAACGGGUUGCGAGUGACCGACGACGCGACGAUGGAGGUGGUGGAGAUGGUGUUGACUGGGAAAGUGAAUAAAGAGUUGGUGGCGUUGAUUAAUAACAAUUCGGCCGAUAGAGGCGAUGGAGGUGGAAGAGCGGUUGGGGUUUGCGGUAAAGAUGGGAACUUGUUGAGAGGAAAAGUGAAGGAUAAAGAUUUGGGAUGGGUCGGGGAGAUUGAGUCGGUGGAUCCGAAAUUGUUGACAACUUUGAUCAACGGCGGGUUCGUGCCGGUGAUUGCGACCGUAGCGCAAGAUUCAAAAGGAAACGCGUUGAACGUGAACGCAGAUACCGCGGCUGGGGCGAUUGCAGCGGCGUUGAACGCGCAGAAGUUGGUGUUGAUGACGGACGUCGCCGGGGUGUGCACGGAUAAAGACGACGUGGAUUCUUUGAUAAGGACUGUGACGUUUACGAAGGCUGAGGAGAUGAUUGCGAGUGGGAUUAUUGCCGGAGGCAUGAUUCCAAAGGUGACCGAUUGUAUGAACGCGCUGAGAGGAGGUUGCGUGAGUGGUCACAUUAUCGACGGGAGGGCGCCUCAUUCGUUGUUAUUGGAGAUUUUAACCGACGAGGGGUGCGGGACGAUGAUUACGACAGACGAAAGUUGA